CGCGACUUCGGACGCGUUCUUGUUCUUCUCAAUACCUACUCCACUAUCCACCUUUCUCAAAACAUGACCGACGUCGAGGGCUCACCAGCCCCACGACGCUCUCAGCGCGAUAAAAAACAAGUAAAACCCUAUGCUUCAGGGAGCCAAAGCCCCAACAAGCGCAAGCGCAAUGUGGAGGAGGAAGACCAAGUAGAUGAUCAAGAAAUGGGUGAUGCUGAGGUUGAAGCAGACGAUGAGGAGGAUGCCGAUGGAGUUGAAGACGACCGCGAUGAUGAACCAGACCGCCCAGCCAAACGAAAGGGAAAGGCCACUGCGCCACGCAAAGCAAAGGUGAAAGCUAAGGGUCCUCCGCCUCCAAAGAAACCACGGACGGCAAAGAAUGCUGCACCGAAGCCUCAGAAAGCCCCUAAGCCGACGAAACGUAAAGCUAAAGCCAACGGAAACUUCGAUGCAGACAAGCUGGCGACUGAGACCAAGAUUUCUGCAGAUAAUCCACUUUUCAAUGCUAUCAUGAACCCGUCAGCGGCGCUGCAGUCCACCGCGGAGGAUUUUUUGGACUCAUUAACACAGAGUCCAGGUACCGCUCAGGCGGAACUUAUCAACUGUAUUCUACGGGCAUGCGGGUGCAAUGACUCGGUGGAUGCAGAUGAAGUUCUAGACUAUGACGGCGUUGUCGAUUCGCUUGAUAACUUUACUGAGGGACUGAAACAGGAAAAUUCGCCAAUAUACCCCCUGACCUCCAAGUUACCAAUUUUCAAGCGUUUUCGAGCAUGCUUGAGCGAGCUGAUUUCACGCCUUGUUCUAAGCGCGGCCGACGUCGGAGCACUGUACACGAGUGAUAUGAUAACGACACUGCAGACGUGGGUCGUUGCGAUGAGCAGUUCACAGAUCCGAGCUUUCCGGCACACAGCAACAGCAGUGGCUCUAGAAGUGGAGACCGCGCUGUGUCAAGUAGCAGCGGCAGUUGAGAAAGAGGCGGAGAUUGUCGGGCGACAACGUGAAGGAGAAAGGAAGAGACGUGCAGCAAACAAAGCCCAAAAUGUGAGAGAGAAGGACUUGGAUGGCAAGGCGGCGGAGGUGAGGAAACGUCGUGCUGCCCUUGCAGAGUACCUCAAGGAGAUCGUUGAUGGUGUUUUUGUGCACAGGUACCGCGAUCUUGACCCGCAUAUCCGCGCUGAGUGUGUGCGUGCAAUGGGUCACUGGUUUACACACUACCCCGCCCAUUUCCUCGACGCGUCCUACCUACGCUACGUCGGGUGGGUGCUUUCCGACAGCGCGACACCCGUCCGCCUCGAAGCCGUACGCGCUUUAUCAGCCGUCUACGCACAGGCUGAGUAUAUCGGUGGCCUCAUGAACUUCACUGCACGCUUCAAGCCCCGCCUUCUCGAGAUGGCAGCGCGUGAUACAGAGCUCGCCGUGCGCACCGCUGUACUCGGCGUCCUAGGUGCAGUCGACCAACAUGGCUUGCUGGAAGACGAGGAACGGGAACAGAUGUGCCAACUCGUGUUUGAUGGCGAGGUGCGUGUGAGGAAAGCAGUGGCAGGAUUUGUCGGGGGCCUCUGGAAUGAACUUGUUGAGGAACGGUUGGCGGGGCGAAAGGUGGGUGAGAAAGGAAAGGAACGGGCAGGUGCCAAGGCUCUAUCGUUGUUGCUUGUGCGGUGGGACCGCGAGCGCGUGGAGGAAGAGGACGGGAGUCAGGAUGAUACGCAGAGAGGAGUGGCUAUGAGCACAGACAUUAAGGGGCGUACGGCGCUUGCUGUGGAGGCUCUGUGGGAUGACGUGGACUCUGCGAGCGGGUGGGAGGGGCUUCUUGAGAUGUUGUUGCUUGAUCACUCUGCUGGAGGAGGCGAGGAGGAUUUGGAUGCCGCGGAUGACUCCAUCGCUGCUUCUGCGAAAAACACCGUUGACGAGGCAUGGCGCCUGACUGAGACAGAGGAAAGCGUGCUGCUGGAGGUGCUCAUUGCGUCCCUUCGAAGAGCAAAAAAUCUUGCUGGCACCGCGAAAAAGGGCGAGGACGAGACGCUGCUCUCGGAUCUCACUCGUGCACUGAUCAAGGGACUCCCGAGGCUGUUCAUCAAGUACCAGACGGACGCCAACCGGAUUGCGAAUGUGCUGCUAAUCCCACCCUUAAUGAACGUAGAACUGUAUCUGGAGAUGCGGAUGAUGACUGCCUACGCCAAUCUCUGGGACGAUAUCACAAAGCAAUUCCUCUCCCACUCCGCCCAAACUGUACUCACUUCUGCUGUCGCCUGCAUCACGCACCUCCUCUCUUGUCCCUCGCUCAGCAACACCAACAGCACAAAGAUUCUAGAACUCGAGGACGAGCUUGCAGCGCAGCUUCGCGAUGCUGUCGGCGGGCGCGAGGAGAUCGAAGUCGCUGGGUUCGUCGAGGACGAAGUGCUUGCGCUAAGCGCAGUGUGUGCGCGAGUCUGUGCAUUAACAGGGACGAGAGAUAUGUGUGGAUGGAUGGAGGAGAGUGAGGGCGGGAAGCAGAGUUGUGUGUGGGAUAUAAUAUCUGCACUCGUGGAGCGGGGACGGCUGGGGUACAGAGAAGAAGAGAGGAUGAUCGAGCAGGGACUGCAGGUCCUCGGACUACAUAUUAUGUGGAAGACCCGGAGCUUGCCUGACGCUAGGGAGGCGACACCCGAAGACGAGAAGUAUAUGGAGACUCUGCGCGAGCAACGGGACUCUUUGCUCGAGAAGUUGGUGGAAUAUGCAGUUGGUACGCAGUCGAAUACUGCCGAAGCUGUCAAACGCGCAGCCUUCCAGAAUCUUAUGACAUUGCACAUCCUCUUCUGCGCGGAGCAAACGACGACGCCAGAUGGGCGUGUGCUACCAACUGCUGCAUUUCCCCUUGAGCUUGACGAUGAGGUACAGUACCGCUGCGCAGGGUUCAUCCAAGCCGCGAUCGAGCAGUACGCCGAGGUUCUCGAGGAGGGACAGGCACCCAGGGAGGAAGAGGCAAGUGAGAGUGGUGAGAGCUCAGGUGAGGAGAAUGUGCCUACAAAGGGUAAAAAGGGCAAAAGCAAAGCAAAGUCGCCUGUUAUCAAAGAGCAGCCACUCACGCGCACUCAUCUGGAGCAAGAGUACGUGUUCAUGGGAACGAUUUCUACGUUCCUAAGGGCUAUUCGCGCAGGCGCUGUGCAUGUGAGACAUAGCGCUGUACUACUAGCACAUUACGGACGCCUUGGACCUGCGUUUGAUCUUUGCACGAAGGUGAUCAUCGAUUCUCUGCGCGAAGCGGGUAUGUACCGGGAGAACGGCGAUCUCGUGGUCGAUGUUGUCACGCAGGCACUGAAGGAGUCGUUCACACUUGUCCUUGACUCUGUUGUUCGCGGAGAAGACCAUGUGGUUGCUCUUGCCAAGCAGCUUGGGCAGAGCUUCAUGAUCCGAGGUGCACAGCUCUCGAUUGUCAAGAAGCUUGAUAGCCAAUACAUCGUGCAAACGCACACGAACCUCCUCACUUGGAUUGUGAAGCGCAUUGGAACAUAUGAGGCUGCUAAGAAUAAGAAGGCGCGCAAAACGGCUAUUUUAUUCUUCAGGGUCUUGCAGCCUCUUCUGGCAGCUGUUGAUAGCCGAGACGGCUUAAAGAUCAAAGCCCAUAUGGACCAGGUUCUUGCUCAGGCUAAGAUCGAGGUUCCACCAUCAUCCAAAAUUUGGGAACCCCAGAGAGCAUAUGAGAAGAAGUUGUCUUCGAUCAUGGCAAAGGAUAAAGGCGGUGCGAAAGGUAGAAAGGCUAAAGGCGCAAAGAGUGCAGCAAUGAUCACCAGCGACGAAUCAGAGAGCGAACCAGAACCUCAACCAGCUGAGGAAGAACCUCCCGCACCGAAACCACGCCCGAAACCGCGUCCUUUACGCCGCCAGCGAUCUCCUACCUCGUCUCUGUCGGAGCUUGAAGCGAGCGACCAAGAGGCUGGGGGACAGGAACCCAUCGAAGAAGCAAAUGAAAAACCCGAAGCUGAGCCGGAGGCCGAGCAUGAAGAGGAGCAGGCGACUCCGAGGAAACGACCUCUUCCUCAAGCAACAUACGGCAGGUCACCGACGAAGACACCAUCUGUCCCUCCUGUAUCUAAUGGCAUCACUUCCCCAUCUACGCGGAAACGACAGAGGACGGACGAUGAUGAUGAGGACGUUGGAGAGAGUGGAAUUGAAGCUAUUGAAGCCAAUGGCAACGCCGAUACCCCCAGAGACGAAGGCCCUCGAGAAGAGAGCCCGUCGAAUGAGAUUAUCUUCAGGAGGAAACGUGCUCGUCAUUAGUGCGAGGGAUUUUUCGAGUUUUUAUACUUAUUUGUGACUUGUCGGGCGUGGCUUUAUCUUGCUGUUUUACUGCUAUGUUGUAGGUACAUAUGAUCAGGAUUAGAGAGCAAAAUGAUUCCGAUUA